GGCGGGGUGAGAGUUGGAGUUGAGGCUUAUGAGUUAAAGGGUUAGUUAUAUUUCAUGUAUUUCUGUGCAUGACGUCUGCGCUUGUUGGAUUCUCCAUGGAGCACCGGGAGGAAUACUGAUCACUUUGUUGUUGCUGCAAACAUCUCCUCUGGGGAAAAGCUUUGUGAUGGAGGUAGAAGUCCCCCAGAGGAUCAACCAUAAAGCGGCUCACCAGGAGAAGGUGAAGAACAGCAAGCUGCUGCUGGAGCGGGGCCAGUGGGCCAACAAGCUGGAGUUCCUGCUGGCCGUGGCCGGAACCAUGGUGGGGCUGGGGAACCUGUGGCGGUUCCCCUACUUAUGUUACAAAAACGGAGGAGGUGCCUUUCUGGUUCCCUAUGUGUUGUUUCUGGUCUCCUGUGGUAUCCCCAUGUUUCUGCUGGAGACCGCCAUGGGGCAGUACACGUCCCAGGGAUGCAUUACCUGCUGGAGGUCCUUCUGCCCGUUGUUUGAAGGGAUAGGCUACGCCACACAGGUGGUGAUCGCCUACGCGGCCGUCUCCUACAUCGUGAUCCAGGCCUGGGCCUUCUUCUACCUGUUCUCCUCCUUCAGCAGCAAGGUGCCCUGGGCAUCCUGCCACAACGCCUGGAACACAGAUUCAUGCGUGGAAUUCGAUAAGAGAAAUUCUUCAUUCAACUGGACUGCAUCUUCAAAUGAAACUUCGCCUGCAACAGAGUUCUGGGAGAGACGGGUGUUGAAGAUAUCUGGAGGGAUCGAGGAGAUUGGCAGCCUGCGCUGGGAGCUGGUUCUGUGUCUGAUCUUAGCUUGGGUGCUGUGCUACUUCUGUGUCUGGAAGGGAGUCAAGUCUACUGGAAAGGUGGUGUACUUCACGGCCACCUUCCCCUACCUGAUGCUGGUGGUGCUGCUGGUCCGGGGGCUGACGCUGCCGGGGGCCAUCAACGGGAUCAAGUUCUACCUCUACCCGGACCCUACCAGGUUGGUGGACCCUCAAGUGUGGAUGGACGCCGGGGCCCAGGUGCUCUUCUCCUUCGCCAUCUGCCAGGGGAGCCUGACCGCCCUGGGGAGCUACAACCAGUACAACAAUGACGUCUACAAGGACACCUUCAUCCUGUGUCUGGUGAACGGCGGCUCCAGCUUCGUGGCUGGUUUCGCCAUCUUCUCAGUGCUGGGCUUCAUGUCCUACGAGCAGGGCGUGGCCAUCUCUGAAGUGGCCGCGACCGGACCCGGCCUGGCAUUCAUCGCCUAUCCCCGGGCCGUGGCCAUGAUGCCCUUACCCCAGCUGUGGUCUGUCUGCUUCUUUGUCAUGGUGAUUCUGCUCGGGGCCGACACACAGUUUGUGAGCCUGGAGUGCCUGAUGACUUCGGUCACAGACAUGUUCCCAAACGUGUUCAGGAGGGGCUACCGACGAGAGCUGCUCCUCUUCUUCAUCUGCACCGUCUGCCUCCUGCUUGGACUGCUGCUGGUCACCGAGGGAGGCCUGUACUUCCUGCAGCUGUUUGAUCAUUACGUCUGUAGUGGCAGCAACCUCCUCCUGCUGUCAGUCUGCCAAUCCAUAGCGAUCGGCUGGAUUUAUGGUGCUGAUAACUUCUAUGAUGACAUUGAAGACAUGAUCGGAUACCGGCCAUGGCCGGUCAUGAAGUACUGCUGGCUGUAUCUGACUCCUGCAGUCUGUCUGGGCACCUUCAUCUUCUCAGUGUUGAAGUACCAGCCCUUGAAGUUCAACAAGACCUAUGUUUAUCCUGGCUGGGCCUACGCGCUGGGCUGGAGCCUGGGCCUUUUCUGUGUGUUCCUUGUGCCACUGUGGAUGGUCUUCAAAGUGUCUACGAUGAAGGGAGACCUCAUACAGAGAAUCAAACAACUGUGCAUUCCCGAAAAUAACAACCCCAGCAAAAAGCGCACGUCGUCGGAGCAGUGCCCCCUGGACCCUGACAACCACCUGCUGCCGGCCCCCCGGGGGGAGUGCAAGGAGCAGGGCCUUGACGCAGAAGGGGACAUGCCUGUAUGACCCCGGCCGCCGUCGCUCUGGAAGCACGCCUUUAUUUUGUAGGCUAUGCAUUUUAGAAAUUUAACAAUAGGAGUCCUAUAAUAAAAGCCCUUUUUCUAUUAAAGGGAGAACGGGGUUGCCCUCGUGGGGGAUAUUUCUCAACUUAGGCUUCUGUGAAGAGGUGGAAGCAGCUCCCCAGGCUGGUAUGUUUCGUCAGUUAUUUUAUUUUUUUAAAUCUAAACAAACCUGUGUGAUUAUUUCUUUAUUUUUUAACUUCUGAAUCAAUACAAAUGCAAGAUUUACCUCAAUUGCAAUGGAUGAUGAUAGUUGUGUGUUGCUUAGUAGGUCAGGUAAUGAAACACACUCGGAGCUGGGUACCUGAGGAAAUAGGCAUCCCCCUUGAUGUUGAUGACUGUACCGGUUCAUUAUUAUAACGAUAGUAACUUUUCAAAGGGGGAGUUCCCGUGUUCAAAGAUGCAUUGGGUCCUGCGUGUGUUUGUUCCUGCGUCAGAGCAGUGCGAGAGCUGUGUGUAAGCUCUCCUUUUGAGCUUGUUUACGUCAGUGGUAAAGGGUAGCCUAUGUCUUUCCUGGAAAAUAAUUACUCAUUCACUUCCUGCUAACUAGUGUUGCUUUUUUUUGUUUUGGUUGUAUGCUUGUACCUACACGUCUAAUAUGCUACCUUAAUUUUGAGUUGGCAUUUUGGAAUUUAUCCAUUUGGUAGACAAUUUUAAUAAAAAAUAUAAAUUAAA